AUGCCUGACUUGCAUUCAUUGCCCAAGGGUACCUGGCCCGAAAACGCCAUCCGCAACAAUGGCCCAGAUGACCUCGUCCUAGAGCGCGCGAAACUCCGCGAGUUAGCCGAAGGCUGGCCUUGCUACCGUGAUGCAUGUGAAUGGGAGAACUUCGAAUCAAUCUUUCACCCCGGAGCCUAUGUCUACACGACAUGGUCCGGAAGGGUCUCAUACAAAGAAUUUAUGGAAGCAUCGAAAGGUGGCAUGGAUAAAGGAGCCUUCAUUAUGCACCGAUGCCACGGUGUGACAACAGACAUCACGCCGGACGCAACUCGCGCCGUCACAAAGAUGAAAGCGACCAUUACGCAGCGAUUCAUAAUCGACGGGUUCGAAGUCGAUGCAGAGGCUGAUUGUCGGUUCUGUUUCUUUUUUGAGAAGAUCGAUGGACGCUGGGGUGCGCGGUUUGUUCGGCAUUGGUAUGAGAAGGAUAAGCUGUUACCUGUUAUUCCGAACCAGUUCCCCCAUAUUGAUCUGGAGAAACUUAACUCUUAUCCUGCUGGAUAUAAGUGCUUGGCUUAUUGCCAGGAGCUGACUAUGGGGGUCGCUGUGUUGAGAGAUAUGCCGGGGCACAAGAGACAUGUUGGUACUGCUUGCGGGGAGAAGCAUGAUUUAUUGUAUCUGCUGGCUAAGGAUUGGCUGGAUGGCAAGGAAAUCGAUGUUUAA